GCUCGCAGCUCACAGUUCGCAGCCGCGCGCUGCCGCCCUCCGAGCUGCAACCCCGGCGCGGCGUCCGCGGCCGCGGCGCGUCCCGCACUCGGCGCAGCGCGCACGGACCCGGCCCCCGCUCCCGCCGCGCUCGCCCCCGACUCCUCCUCCGGCGCCCGGCGCGGCCGCCAAGUCCCCGCCGGCGGAGCAGGGACCGUCCCCGAGUCAACUUUCAGUCCCCCCUCGGCGUCUGCCUUGGCCAUUCUCUUCUGGAAAGAUGGCUGUUUGGAGACGGGGGAGAAGUUAGGGGGUCGCCGCGCGGGGCGAAGGAGGGCGCGACCGCCUCGGCAGGAGCGCGCGGAGGUUUCUCUUCCCCCAGCCCCUUGGGACCAACAUUGCCAACUGCAGGAAGGCUGUGAAUCCAUAUCACGCCCAUCAGUCCUCCUCCUGACUCCCAAGAUGAGCUCGCCAGUGCAUCCCGAUGGGGUGGCUGGACGCGAGCAGCUCUUGGCUCAGCAGAGAAUGCACAGUAUGCUCAGCUCAGUGGAUGUAAAGUCGGAGGUUCCUGUGGGCCUGGAGCCCAUCUCCCCUUUGGACCUACGGACGGACCUCAGGAUGAUGGUGCCCGUGGUGGACCCUGUCGUCCGGGAGAAGCAGCUGCAGCAGGAGCUACUCCUCAUCCAGCAACAGCAGCAGAUCCAGAAGCAGCUCCUGAUUGCCGAGUUUCAGAAGCAGCACGAGAACUUGACACGGCAGCACCAGGCGCAGCUUCAGGAGCACAUCAAGUUGCAACAGGAACUUCUAGCCAUAAAACAGCAACAAGAACUCCUAGAAAAGGAGCAGAAACUGGAGCAACAGAGGCAAGAACAGGAAGUAGAGAGGCACCGCAGAGAACAGCAGCUUCCUCCUCUCAGAGGCAAAGAGAGAGGACGAGAAAGGGCAGUGGCAAGUACAGAAGUAAAGCAGAAGCUUCAAGAAUUCCUGUUGAGUAAAUCAGCAACAAAAGACACUCCAACUAAUGGAAAAAAUCAUUCCGUGAGCCGCCAUCCCAAGCUCUGGUACACGGCUGCCCACCAUACAUCAUUGGAUCAAAGCUCUCCACCCCUGAGCGGAACGUCUCCGUCCUACAAAUACACAUUACCAGGAGCACAAGAUGCAAAGGAUGAUUUCCCCCUUCGGAAAACUGCCUCUGAGCCCAACUUGAAGGUGCGGUCCAGGUUAAAACAGAAAGUGGCAGAGAGGAGAAGCAGCCCCUUACUCAGGCGGAAGGAUGGAAAUGUUGUCACUUCAUUCAAGAAGCGAAUGUUUGAGGUGACAGAAUCCUCAGUCAGUAGCAGUUCUCCUGGUUCGGGUCCCAGUUCCCCAAACAAUGGCCCAACUGGAAAUGUCACUGAAAAUGAAACUUCGGUUCUGCCACCGACUCCUCAUGCGGAGCAAAUGGUUUCACAGCAACGCAUUCUGAUUCACGAAGAUUCCAUGAACCUGCUAAGUCUUUAUACCUCUCCCUCUUUACCCAAUAUCACGUUGGGGCUGCCAGCAGUAUCAGCCCAGCUCAAUGCUUCAAAUUCACUCAAAGAAAAACAGAAGUGCGAGGCCCAGACACUUAGGCAAGGCGUUCCGCUGCCCGGGCAGUAUGGGGGCAGCGUGCCGGCGUCUUCCAGCCAUCCCCACGCCGCUCUCGAGGGGAAGCCCAACAGCAGCCACCAGGCUCUCCUGCAGCAUUUACUGUUGAAAGAACAAAUGCGACAGCAGAAGCUUCUUGUAGCUGGUGGAGUUCCCUUACAUCCUCAGUCUCCAUUGGCAGCAAAAGAGAGAAUUUCACCCGGCAUUAGAGGUACCCACAAAUUACCCCGUCACAGACCCCUGAAUCGAACCCAGUCUGCACCAUUGCCUCAGAGCACAUUGGCUCAGCUGGUCAUUCAGCAGCAACACCAGCAGUUCUUGGAGAAGCAGAAGCAAUACCAGCAACAGAUCCACAUGAAUAAACUGCUUUCGAAAUCUAUUGAACAACUGAAGCAACCAGGCAGGCACCUGGAGGAAGCGGAGGAAGAGCUGCAGGGGGACCAGGCGAUGCAGGAAGACAGAGCGCCCUCUAGUGGCAACAGCACUAAGAGCGACAGCAGUGUUGGUGUGGAGGACACACUGGGACAAGUUGGGGCUGUGAAGGUCAAGGAGGAGCCAGUGGACAGUGAUGAAGAUGCUCAGAUCCAGGAAAUGGAAUCUGGGGAGCAGGCUGCUUUUAUGCAACAGCAGCCCUUCCUGGAACCCCUGCACACACGUGCACGCCAAGCUCCGCUGGCUGUGGCUGGCAUGGAUGGAUUAGAGAAACAUCCUCUUGUCUCCAGGACUCUCUCCUCCCCUGCUGCCUCCAUGUUACCCCACCCAGCAGUGGACCGCCCCCUCCAGCCUGGCUCUGCAACUGGGAUUGCCUAUGACCCUCUGAUGCUGAAACACCAGUGCAUUUGUGGCAAUUCCACCACCCACCCUGAGCAUGCUGGACGGAUACAGAGCAUCUGGUCACGGCUGCAAGAAACUGGGCUGCUAAAUAAAUGUGAGCGGAUUCAAGGUCGAAAAGCCAGCCUGGAGGAAAUUCAGCUUGUUCACUCUGCACAUCACUCACUGCUGUAUGGCACCAACCCCCUGGACGGACAGAAGCUGGACCCCAGGACGCUCCUAGGUGAUGCCUCUCAAAAGUAUUUUUCUUCAUUACCUUGUGGUGGACUUGGGGUGGACAGUGACACCAUUUGGAAUGAGCUGCACUCGUCCGGGGCUGCACGCAUGGCUGUUGGCUGUGUCAUCGAGCUGGCUUCCAAAGUGGCCUCAGGAGAGCUGAAGAAUGGCUUUGCUGUUGUGAGGCCCCCAGGCCAUCACGCUGAAGAAUCCACAGCCAUGGGGUUCUGCUUUUUUAAUUCAGUUGCAAUUACCGCCAAAUACUUGAGAGACCAACUAAAUAUAAGCAAGAUAUUGAUUGUAGAUCUGGAUGUUCACCAUGGAAAUGGUACACAGCAGGCCUUUUAUGCUGACCCCAGCAUCCUGUACAUUUCACUCCAUCGCUAUGAUGAAGGGAACUUUUUCCCUGGCAGUGGAGCCCCCAAUGAGGUUGGAACAGGCCGCGGAGAAGGAUACAACAUAAAUAUAGCCUGGACAGGUGGCCUUGAUCCCCCGAUGGGAGAUAUUGAGUACCUUGAAGCAUUCAGGACUGUAGUGAUGCCUGUGGCCAAAGAGUUUGAUCCAGACAUGGUCCUAGUUUCCGCUGGAUUUGAUGCACUGGAAGGCCACGCCCCUCCUCUGGGGGGGUACAAAGUGACAGCAAAAUGCUUUGGACACUUGACGAAGCAAUUGAUGACACUGGCUGACGGACACGUGGUGUUGGCUCUAGAAGGAGGACAUGAUCUCACAGCCAUCUGCGAUGCAUCAGAAGCCUGUGUAAAUGCCCUUCUAGGAAAUGAGCUGGAGCCGCUUGCCGAAGACACUCUCCACCAAACUCCGAACAUGAAUGCUGUGACUUCUUUACAGAAGAUCAUUGAAAUUCAAAGCAAGUACUGGAAGUCAGUAAGAAUGGUGGCUGUGCCAAGGGGCUGUGCUCUGGCUGGGGCUCAGCUGCAAGAGGAGACAGACACCGUUUCUGCCCUGGCCUCCCUGACGGUGGAUGUGGAACAGCCCUUCGCUCAAGAAGAUAACAGGUAUGGAUCCAGCAUGGGGGAAUCAUUAAGAAUCGCUGGUGAGCCUAUGGAAGAGGAGCCAGCCUUGUGAAGUGCCAAGACCCCCUCUCUCCCCCCAUAUUUCCUGUGUGUGACAUCAUUGUGUAUCCCCCCACCCCCCACCCCAGCACCCACAGACAUGUCUUGUCUGCUGCCUGGGUGGCACAGAUUCGAUGGAACAUAAACACUGGGCACGAAAUUCUGAACAGCAGCUUCACUUGUUCUUUGGAUGGACUUGAAAGGGCAUUAAAGAUUCCGAAAAUGUAACCGCUGUGAUUCUAAAGUUACAGUAAACCACGACUGGAAGAAACUGCUUCCAGCGUGCAUUUAGUAUGCUGGGUGACCCACUCGUGGGCCCAGAGCAGGAACCAGAAACGUCUAAUACAGCAUUAGAUACUGUUCAUUACAAACGCUCUGACAGCCAGUGAAAUUUUGGGCAAAACCUAAGAAAUACUCAUUCCUGACAUUCUGAUCCAUUUUUUUUUUUAUUGGGUAAUUUUUGUCAAACAGUCUCAAAUUGUUUACAGGAUUUGCUUUCAGCUAUGAACGGAUAGCAAUUCCCGACAGAUCGCAGGGAUUUUGUUUGGUUUGGUUUGGUUUGUUUUUUGGCCUUUGUUUUAACACAUGGUUCGACUCUUGCUAGUUAAGAGUUCAAGAUGGAGGAACUGGGCUGACGCUUUUUCAGUGGAACAAACCAUGCCAUAUCCCCACCUCCACACGCCAAACAAACCUCAAACACUGUAUAGGAUGGUGCAAUAUUUUAUGUCACUUAAAAAAAAAACUACCCUAUUUCCCUAACAUCCCCCCCCCCCCUGUGUUCUCACACACAGAUGAGAUUUGCAACUGGGAGGAUGAGACCUCACUCCCUGCUCACAUCCCUCCCUCUGAUGAUGACAGUAGCUCUGAGCAUAUGUUCCGUGGAAGAUUUCCAGUGUCUUUGAAAACUUUUCAAAGACGGUCCUAAUUUAUUCCAAAUCUAUCAAGAACUUAUUCUCUCACUUUUCUUUUUCUGCCUUCCAUCACUUCCUUUCUUCUAACCUUUCAUCCUUACUUCAUAUAGAAAAGCUAGAUUACCCAUAAUCUCCCCAAUUUCUCAGGAGCCUUGAGUAUUUUUUUUUUUUUUUUUUUACUCUCCAGGUUAACACAGUUGCUUUGUCUAGUGUGUUCUUAUAGCUGUGAAUCUUUGAGGUGAAUAUGGCUUAAGCAAUGUUACUGAAUUUUCUAUACUCUGAAAUGUGUUAAUGAAGGCACUGAAGUCACCUUGAAUUGAGUUAACCUUGAAGUUGUGCCUUUAUGUGAAAACAAAACAAAACAAAACAAAACCACCAGGAACUUAACCUUUGCACAUAUUGCCUUAGUGUCAAAGACUAAAAAUAAAAGACUUUUAUUUCUGAGAUUUAAAAUAACUUACUACAUAUAAGUAGGUUAUCCCCCUACCAUCCAAAAUUUUAUUUCAAUGUAUAACUCGGACACAUAAAGACAUUGAUAUGAAUACCUUGCAGUAUUUAAUAUCUGACAAUGCUUUUGAAAGAGUUGAUGUUUCUUUUUAUAUAUUUUCCUAACUCAAAGGAUAUAUUAAAGCCAUAAGUGAAGAUUGUCAUGCUUUUAUUCAGAAAUCUGAAAGAAACCUUAAUUAAAACAAGGUUUUAGGGAAGGCCAUGAUAUGAAAGAUAUAGAACAAUAUGGUUUUAGUUAAAGAGGACUCUAACCUGUAAAUCAAAGAUGAAAGAUUUCACUCAAGUAGAAUUAUAUAACUCCCCUUUGUUAUACAGUCAGACCAUUUUUUUUUUCAUGCAUUUGGUUUUUUUAGGAUUACCAUUUUAAUUUUAAAGACUUUUAUUACAUAUACAAAAAUGGCUCAAUACUUGGUUUAACAUCUUAGAAAUUUGAGUCGCCCUUUGAAAUAGAAAAUCUAAAGUGGAAUGUAACUCAGUAUUAGGUAAAAAAUUACUUUCAUUGAAUAAGAGUAAGAUCCAUCUCAAUUCACAAUAGUAAUGAAUUUUUUGUAAAAAAUUUCAUGAUAUUUGUCAGAGAAAUUCAUGCCAGUCAUAGUUGCUAGCUCUUGCUAUUUUGCGGAGUUCCUUGAAAUUUACUUACAAAAAAACAAAUAAUGAAGCUUAAAGGCUUUUCCAAAAAACUUCCCUCUUUAAAACAGAAAAUCAUAUAAUUUUAAUUGGAAACAUAAUUAUGACUUUUACAAAUAAAUUAAUAUUUAUAAAUCUCUAUUAUUGCUCUCAAUCCUCCCAAAUAUUUUUUAGAUGUUGAAUAAGAGAAUGAAACAGUAUAGCGCAAGCAUACUAAUUUACUGAUGUUUCCUACAAUAAUUUUGUUGCAUUCUUAUGCGCAGCCAUCAAUCUGAUAGAGCCAGAUCACUAAGAUAUCUCUAUGAUUAUUUAGAUUUAAAACAUAACACAUUAAUGAGUUAAUUCCACAUUCUUCCACAUGAUACUGGACCCAAUUGGUUGCACUGAGAGU